AUGCCAAAGUGGAUCUUUAUCCUAAGAUUAGCUAUACAAGACAGGUUAGCUACUAAAGAGAGACUUGCAAGAUGGGGCUCAAUAGAUGAAACUUUGUGUACAAUGUGCCACAGGAGCAAUGAAACAGUGCAGCAUUUGUUUUUUGAUUGUGAUUACUCAAAAGAGAUAUGGCAAAAACUACUACACUGGCAAGGGGUCAUGAGAAGGGGAAAGCAGUGGAAGGAAGAAGUUCAAUGGGCAGAGAAGAAGGCAGCAGGAAAGAGUGCAGGAGCAGAGAUUUACAGAAUGGUAUUGGCUGCAGCAGUCUACCAUAUUUGGCAAGCCAGGAACAAUACUAUCUUUCAGAAGAAACAGAUUAAUGCACAGAGUAUAGUGAAACUAAUUAUUCAGGAGGUUCAUAUAAGAGCUCAGCAUUGUAAAAAAUUGGAUACCUAUCUAAGUAAUAUGAAUUGGUAUCCAGUAUGA